UUCAUUGUCACAAACUGUUUGCAUGUUUGUAUUCUAUCAUUUAUGCGGGUGUGUCUUCUCAACGCUAUAAUCAGAUAUUGGUUGGUAUUGUCUGUAUUAUUCUGGUUUGUUGGUCAGAGAGAUGUUUUGAGACUACAGCAAAUAUGCAGAGUCAAAUGCUCGGUGUCUGCUUGCUCUACCGGAGACGAGGUUUGUUAUUUCUCUUCUAGUCAACAAGCCGGGAUUGGUCGUACUCGUGUAUUUGCAUUAUUCAGUUAAAAAUGUAUCAGAAUUCAGUUUGCUGUUAGGUUUUCUGGUUUUGUCAUUUUGUCACAGAACUGUUAUUUUAGCUGCAUAAAAAGUUUUCUCCCCCACAUGGAGCUUCUUGACACUAGAAAAACAACAUGCACGUUGGUGUAGUGGCUGGCAUGUCAGGAGAUCAAGGGUUUGAAUCUCUGCAUGUUCUCCUUGCGCUUGGGUUUUCUUGGGUAAUCCGGCUUCCCCCCCGCACCUCCAAAACAUGCAUGUUUGGCUAAUUGGAGAGUGCCCUGCAAUUGACUGGUGACUAGUUGAGGACGCUUCUCGCACCAAAGUCAGCUGGAGUAGGCUCCAGCUCACCUACCACCCUGAAGAGGACAAGCACAUUUUCGCACUGCUUCAUAGACGGUGUUACCUGCCUUACAACACACACAAAACAGACCACAUAUACUGGUGGCGCGCCCCUUGGGCGGUAGACAGGAGGAUUAAUGCAUCUCUGGGCAGAAAUCAACAGUGAUGUGCGGUCCGUGUCGGAUUUUUUAUGACGAAACGUGAAAUAAAUAUUAAUAUUUGUCUAUUGAACUAUAUUAUAAAUGUAUUUUUUGAAAUAUUUCAACCAUUUUUAACAUUUUCUCCAGUACAAAUCACUGAAUUUGCACAUUUCCUAAUCCAAUACAGGGCAAAAACCUACACGAGCAGCAAGUCAAAUGCAUUCAAUAUAUUUUUAUGCUUUGCUGAAUGAAUGAAUGAAUUUGGCUGUCAAGAUGGAGGAUUAUAUACCCCCAAGCUCAUCAGAAGGUGAUCAGACUUUUACAACAAAGUUUCACAACUUUUCCUGGAGAAUGCAUGUAUGCAUUCAUGUACUUCAUGUACCAGGGAUGUCCAAAGUCGGCCCAUAGCACAUUGUAAAAUUAGAAUUUAACAAGAAAAAAAAAACAAGCAAAAAUGGAAACAUCAGCAGUAAUUUUACAAAAAUUAAGUCAAUUAUUAAGAGAAUGAGAAAAUGUCGUAAUUUUAUGAGAAUAACGUCGGACUAUUAUGAGGAAAGAUGUCAUUUUUGAAGCAUAAAGUUGAAAUAUAAAAGAAAAAAGACUGUUAUUAUUAUUAAUAUUAUGAGUGACAACCAAAACCAAAUAAAUUUGGGGGAAAAUUAGAAAAAAUAUACUUUUACAAAAAUAAAGAAUAAUAAAUAAAGAAAAAUAAAUAUGGGAAUAAAGUCAUGAUGAAAAAAGUUGACAUAGUUGGACAAUUUAAAAAAAACAACAGCAGAAAUGCAAAAAACAGGAUGAAGUCAAAAUAUCAACAGAAAAAAACUUGUAUUCUCACAAUAAAAAAGUCACAGUUUAACAAGAAUAAAGUUGUAAUAUUAUGAGGAAAAAUUAUGUCAUUUUAGUAGAAGAGUUGAAAUAUUCAAGAAAAAAAUUAUAUUCUGAUGAACAAGUUGUGAUUGUUUGAAAAUUAGUUUGGGGAAAAAGUUAGAAUAUUAUGGGAAUAAAGUCAUAAUAUUCCGAAAAGGAAAUGUAUUAUUAUUGAAACUGCUUGACAUCAAGUUCAAAGUGAAAUGGAAAAGGACACCUACGUUUGCGUUCCCAAUUGAAUUGGAAUUCUAUUCCAAAGGAGCACACCAGUGAGAGAAUGAAGGCUGUGAUACCAUCAACAUGAUCGACCUGAGUUUCCUAACAGAGGAGGAACAGGACACUAUCCUGAUUGUGUUGAAAAGAGAUGCAAAGCUGAAGCAAGCUGAGGAGCAGCGUGUACAAAACCUAAAGAACACACUGAGUGACAAAAGCCAGCUCAGGUAUUUGACUGGAGAAUGGUUUUACGAGACCAAACAGCACCGCCAUCAGGAUCGCAUCCAUGGCUCGGACAUUAUCAGGGCCUCAAUGAAGCACACAAGUAAACCACUUAAUAAAUGUCUAUCUGUUGCAGUGACUGACAGUGUUUUCCAUGAUAAAAACAAUGAGGUCUUUCUCCCAUCUGGGCUUGCCGGUGUUCAAUGUGAGCCACAAAGGCAGCCUGGCCAUGCAAGGUUUCCUGGCGAGAAACCCCUACCACAUGAAAAAUCAUCACUGCAACUGCCCUCAAAGGAAGGGGCCUCAGUAUGUGCACAAAGGAAAAAUCCAUUUAACUGUGAACUCCCCACCCCUCACACUCUUGAGGAAAACACCAGUCAAUUCCAGGGAGCAACUGAUGAAAUGGAAACAUCACGUGAUGAACUUCCACCAUCAACUGACAGCAACAUUUCUGAAACCGCCCACCUACAAUUUAUCCCUGACAAGUUGUCAGUUUUCAUGCCAAUACCUGAAAACAAAGGGUUCACUUCUCCUUCUCAGGACUAUCUUUUUGAGGUAGAUGAGCUAUCAGAUACACACAUCAGCUCUGCAGAUCCUCGGGGCUUCCUCAAUCACAUGUCUCCAUCAAGCUCCACAAACUGUGACAUAGAACCACGGAGUCCAGGUAUCACAGUUGGCAACACCGAAACCUGGAUCGAUAGGAAAAAUGUGAGGUUCAGCCCUAUACUUUUUCAGAAGGAAAUGAAGCAAGAUGGAAAGGAGCUUGGAGAGUACAGAAUGCUGGACUUUGACCUGAUUGAUCCUUCUGAUAUUCAAAAUGAAAUCAAUCUUGAGAACAAUAUCAGAGGUGCUUGCAUACCUUUACUAAAACAGAAUACCAUUGAUUCAGUGGAGGCUGAACUCAAGUGCGUAGUACUUCAAAAGCACGUUUCUGGCCAACACAAGGUCAUUAUCGAUCUCACUGAGAAUGGUGAACAGGGUGAUUCCCCAACCUUAUCGCCGUCCACACGUUCAGCUGAACCUGAACAAGACAAGUCCCUUGACUUAGUCUUUGAACAGGCUCAUCACUCUCAGGUUGCAGACUGGCCAGAACAGAAAGCUCUUCAACCAAGCACUGUCAAUUCUGAUGCAGAAAACAAGCCAGGGACAAACAGUGUUUCCCCAAAGCCUAGACAGACACUCAUUGGAAAUAAAGAGGCGGGGAAAGCUGCAAGACAACAGGAUGUUGCGAAGAUAUGUCAAAUAAACCUACCUGUAAAUACUUUCAAUCUGCAAAUAGAGGCAGUGCAGUGUAUUAUGGAAAAGGUUUCCGCUGUCAAAGAACUAGCUGAAACUCUCAAGAUGGAAGAGAUUACAGUACCUCAACUUACGGAAGAGAAGCUCAAAGACAUAAUGAGCUCAGGUGAUUUUGGAACUCACCGGGACACCCUGGAGGAAAAACCUGUUGAGGCAUCAUGGGAGAGAAAAAGCACCCGCAAAAAAAUACCUAUUGAACAACAAUUAAAUGAAGAACUCACCUUGACAGUAUUACAGAAUGUUCAGGUAUACUCUGCGGAGAGCAGCAAAGAAAGUCUCUCACCACAAACAGAAAUAAUGAUAGAGAAAACAGCUACCGAGUCUUUAGAAAACGUUUCGUCCUCACAGAGUGAAUCUGGCAUCACAAUAGAUUUAGUCAUAGAAGAAGAAUCGCUCAUUAGUCCCUGCAAAUUCCAAGCUCCAAGAUCAAAAGAAGUCAGGGGUAGUUCAACUAAAACGUGUCACCCCAGAGUCCUGCCAAGGGAAUCCUCAAGUCCCAAGAGAUCCAGGCUGCAAGGCUCUCCCUUGAGGACAUUUUUAAUAGAUAUUAAACCAGAAACUAAAGCUGACGACGAUGAGCGACCUGAAAGGCCAGUGCCGAGACAGAGGAAAAGUCACUUGUGUGGGACACAGAAGACACUGCAGAAGGACCCCAAACUUAUUGUGCACAACGACGUUCCUCCUUUACAAUUAGUAAAGUCAGUCACUGAAGGGUCUUACUCUUUGAAUGAAAAGAAGAGAAAAUUGGAAGAUUCACCAUGUCUUGCCAGGUCUGCGAUCCCUCAAGAUUAUCAACACUAUCUUGGGCCUCACAAGAAAGCCCAUGUCCCACCUUUUCAAAGUGAUGAAGUUGCUCAAGAGGCUAAGAUAAUCACUGUGGGACACCAGGAAGACACAGGACACAAUCCAAUUCACUCAAGAUUGUGUAUUAUUCAAAGUAGAGGUGAAACCAACCAGCUAACAUCAACCGUGUCCACAUCUCUGUCUCUGGAAAGUUUAGCCUGUUCCGGUGAUAAUUGUUAUCUAAUGAACCCCCCGGAUGUGAGACAAUCUCCAAGAUGUAUGUCAUCAUCCAAGAGUCUGGACGACCUAUACCAAAAACAUAGGGAAGAGACAAGUAUCAACAACCCAAGAGAGGAAAUGAAUCAAAGCGUGAAUGAUGUUCCUUCUUUUUCACUGUCAACCUCUUCAAUCAAACCACAUCAAAUCACAACGAACCAGGUCCAAACCAGUGUGUCAACUCCUGUCCUUCAGCAGAUUGAGGCAGAUAGUGACAGCCUUUUUGAGACCACAUUCGACAGUCGAAGAAACACAGGAAGUUCCACAUCGAACAUUAGUUUUGCCUCUGAGAUGUCGUCCGUGCCAUACGCCAGUGGCAGCACCAGGAGCAUAUAUGCUCUAGAUUUUAGUGCAGUUGAAGUCCAAGGAAGCAUACACUACGCUGUGAACUACAUUCAAAAGCUUCAAGAAUUUCAAAUCUUUGUAGUGCUCUGCAGGGACCUAGCUGUAGCUGACACCAAGAGGCACUGCGCUGAUCCGUAUGUAAAAUGUUACCUUCUCCCUGACAAAACAAAACUGGGAAAGAGAAAAACAAAUGUUAAAAAACGGACCCUAAACCCUACCUUCAAUGAAAUCCUUAAGUUUAAAACCAAGUUGGAGGUGCUGAAAACUCAGAGUCUUUACGUCUCUGUGUGGCACAACAACACCUUUGGUCGGAACACCUUCUUGGGUGAAGUGGACCAGGAUAUGUCAGGAUGGGACUUAAGCAACACUCGGAUAAAUGAAUAUGCAUUAAAAGCCAGGGUGUCAGGACAGACCUCAACACCUUCCCCUUUAAGUUUGCCAGACAGCAGAGGACUGAUGACAGUAUCCUUGAGGUUUCUACCACAAACAUCUCACAGUAAGAAAACAUCUGUGAUGGAGACCGGUGAGGUGCAGAUUUGGGUGAAAGAUUGUAAGAAUCUUCCUUCAGACAGAGGACCUACGAUGGAUCCAUUUGUAAAAUGCACUGUACUUCCUGAUCCGAAUGGCAAAAGCCGACAAAAGACCCGGGUGGUGAAGAGAACAGCCAACCCCAUGUUUAACCACACUAUGGUGUAUGACGGUUUCCGACCAGAGGAUCUUAGAGAGGCCUGUGUGGAGAUUACAGUGUGGGAUCACGACAGGUGGAACCACCACUACAUCGGUGGGAUCAGACUGGGACUUGGAACAGGGAAGAGUUAUGGAAUUGAUGUGGUUUGGAUGGACUCCACAAUGGAAGAAGCUAAUUUGUGGAAGAGGAUGUUGCAGUCUGAUGGCCAGUGGGUGGAAGAUAUUUUACCACUGCGAAUGCUUGUGAUCACAAAAUGCCGGUCAAAGUGAUCCACGCGUACAGACGGUAUUGCUAACUGUAGACUGCAUCCAAAUGGUACCAUUACACAUACUAUGAUAAACAUGUGUCAGCGGAUAAAAAUGUAAUCAUGUGAGUCACAUACACAAAGUUUAUAUAUAUAUAUAUAUAUAUGUACCUUGUAGCUACUGUAUUUUCCGGACUAUAAGUCGCUCCGGAGUAUAAGUCGUACCAGCCAAAAAUGCGCAAUGAAGAGGAAAAAAAACAUAUGUAAGUCGCACUGGACUAUAAGUCGCAUUUUAUUUUAGGAAAUCAGAGACCAAGAACAGUCAUUUCAUCUUGAAAGGCAAGUUAUAUUAAUAACAAUAAAAUGGAGAACAACAGGCUAAAUAGGCGUCUGUUAACGUAACAUGAAUAGGUGGUACGUUAACAUAUUAACAGUUAUUCAGAUAACUAUAUCCUAAACAACCCGCAAAGUCAUCUAUAUUCGUCGCCUUGGCACCUACCUGGGUGUGGAGACGUAAAUGCACUGUUGAUGACAAGCCUCACAUGUUUCUCGUUCACUCCAAAUGUUCUUUCUGCUGCUCGAUUAGCGCUUUCGGCUGCAUAUUUCACUACUUGCAGCUUGUAAUCUGCAUAUUAUUUUCUUUUUGGGGGCAUUUGUGUUCAGUCCUUCUAAGUUGUCUUUAUGAGUUGACAUUUUCGUUGUGAAUUUUCAGUGGUAGAGUAGCAGAUACUGGUACACAAGCCUAGAGCGCCCUCUUGUGGCUGUCUGUGUGAUUUUCUUUUUGUGGGCAUUUGUGUUCUGUCUUUCUCAGGCCCUGUCCACAUGGAACAUUUUGGUCUUUUUUUGUGCCAGAUUAGUAUGUAGUUGCAUCCAGAUAGGAACGCAUCACUGGGUGAAAACUAUGUAAUACACAAGGCACACCUACGUGUGGUGCUGCACGCAGAUGUAACCGCAUGACACUCCAAACCAUAGAAGAAGAAAGAACGGGUGUGUGUAAGUCCGUCGUCUUCCACUUACGAGAAGUGGAAUUACUUCUGCGAGUCAUUAUGGAGUAUAAGGCAACAAAAUAUCGACUUAGGUGAGUCAUGUCCGUCGAAAUAUUCAGAUAUUAUGUUGGCUUGUCGUCAAAGCUCACUUUUUGUCACGUAUAUUCUCAGUGGUGCAGGAGUGAUAGGAGUAGGAGCUACUGGCACACAAGCCGAGAGCGCCCUCUCGCGGAUGUCGGCGUGAAAAAAUACAUAUAUAAGUCGCUCCGGAGUACAAGUUGCAGGACCAGCCAAACCAUGAACAAAAGUGGGACUUUUAGUCCAGAAAAUACAGCGUAAAUUUUGGUGAUAAAGGUACUAGUACAGAUUUUUUUUUAAUUCGAUUUUAAGCCGCUAUGCCAGGGGUAUUCAUCUGAAAUCGAAAUAGGUCCAGAUACAGAAAAUGUCCUCAAGCUAAGGUCUGGACUUCACAUAGGAAUGAUGAUAUGGUGAAGACACACACUUGCCUAUUUGUGCACACAGUAUACAGUACUAGUAUAUGGUCAUUAAAGUAUUGCUAAGGCAGCAUGUCUAAUGGUAGCCUAAAACCUUUUCACAGUACUGUGAAUUGUUGAAAUGAAUCUCACAAAUGUAUUUUUGAAUGCGAAUCACUGGUUUAAUCAAAGUUACAAACCAUAUGUAAACUAUUUUAAUCCGAAGAUAUUUAGAACCUCAACAUGUUGCUGUUCUGAUUAAAUUUUUUGAAUAAACAUGUUAGUGUGGCUUGUCGUUUGUUGAUAAUAUAAUAAAAUAUUGGUAUACUUAAUAAUGAUGUAUUUUUUAAAUGUAUUCCUUUUUAGACAUGGAGAAUCGAGAAACUGUAAACACGAGAUGUAACCUUGCAUGUACGUUGCAAAUAAAU